AGAAAAUUAACGGUCAGAUUCCGCCAAAAAAGCUAAGCUCAAUUAUGUUUAGAUACAUUGUUUUAGGGUUAGCUUUUUCUUCAUGGAUAGUUUACGGGCAAAUCUGUACCAACACAAACAUCAACACUGUCGCUAGGGUCGUUUUCGGAGAAGCCCGAGGAGAACCGAUGAGAGGCCAACUAGCUGUUGCUUACUCCAUUGUCAACCGGAAAAAUCAUCAAGCUUAUCCAAACACCAUCAACGGAGUGGUGUACCAGAGGCGAACAAAUAGCAGAAAAUACCAGUACGACACGUUAGAUAUGCCAGGCCACACCCGAGCUUGGAACGACGCCAAAAGAAGGAAUACACAGGAAUACAAAAACGCAAUAAAAGCGUCCGGUGACGCAUUAUGCAAUCGGCAGAGAGACCCAACGAGAUGUGCCACAGAUUACUGCGCCUUUGAUCCUUGUCAUUCAACAACAUCAAAUAGGUGGUGGAGAGCUACCAACAAAGUGAAAAUUGGAAACCACUACUUUGUGUGUCGCGUUGCUGCCAGCGGAUAAUACCAUGGGAGCUUUCCACAACUCUAUAAAUUUCGGUGGUUCUCGCAAAAGUUCGAAAGUCCAGAACGUUUUAUGACGCGAUUUUUUUUUCUUUUAUAGCAAUAGAUAAAAUCAUUUGAGAAACACGUUUUGAAUAAAAAUGUGUUUAAAAAAAUGCUUUUAAUGAUAACUGAUUAUAUAUUUAAAGAGAAAGGAAAAUGGUCAUGAUCAAUAUAUAUAAAACUUUCUAAAUAAAAUGCAUUUUAGCUCUAAUGAGAAAGAUA